AUGUGCCAGGAGGAGUACAUUGAGCACUACACCACAAAGGUGCCAUUGUACCAGAGGUUGAGCAAGGCGGCAGCUGAAAAGAAGUGGAACUUGGACUUUAGUGCUGGCACCCUUGAGAAGGAACAAAGACGAAGCAAUGAUGAGGACGGAAAUGCAGGACCCUUGGUCUGGGUGAUGUGGGUACCCACUGGCGAGAAGAAGCUGACUGGCACCUUUGAAGAGAAGACUGUCAGUCACGAGACAACUUUGGAAGAGAAGGCCCCUACGGAGCGCAAGAUCCAGGAGCACAAGGAGAAAGUGGGAACCUUGUGGGAUGAAGAUGAGGACAUGUUCUGUGAAGCCAAAGCAGCUGCAGGCAAACCGCAAUCAAAGAAUGGAAAGAGAACAAAGGGCGGCGGCGGCGGCGGCAAUGGCAAGAACUUAUCCAAAGGCAGGCCAAUUGAUGAGCGCCAACCUCCACCGGAAGGUCGACAAGGCUCUGUGGUUCUAGAAGCUGCCAAGUUCAAGGCCUCCACGGUCAAGGACUGGCAAUGA